GAAAACAAACUCAUACAUCUAGGGCCACACUCGGUUCGUUCAGUCCACAUUCCUUUCCAUAUUCCAUUCAAUUACUUUACUCUACACUGGACACAUCUAAAAAAAAAUUGUUCAAAAUAUUCCCCUACCCAUAAAACACAUAUAAUUUUUGAUACCUGAUAUUUGUACGAUUCAAUAUGGACUACCUGCUGCAAGUGGCCAAAGAUGCAAAGCAGCCCAUCGACGACAAUGAGGUGGAGAAGGUUACCGUCACGCACUUCGAGUCGGGAUAUACCUUGGAUGGCCUGCCCAUUCUUCCGCCACUGAUGACAGAUGAGAAACGCAUGGAGAUGAGGAUUCUGCGCCUAGAGGCCGCUUUGAAGAAGACCCAGAUGCCGGACCUGAAGGCCGUUCAGUGUCCCACAGUUGAGGCUGCAACUGAGACUCUGCCACCAGAUCCGAAGCCAUGUUCGGAGAACAAAGAAACCAAUACAGAUUCGGGUGUUGAGCCCUUGAUUGUGAUGGGACGCUUCCGUCAGAAGUUGACUCAAUCCGAGACUGUGAUCUAUGACCAUACCAGGAAUCUGGUGAUCCAGAUUGGCCCUCCAGAUAAUACACCGGUGACUGUUGUCUCCCAAAUGGUCAUGGAGGAUGUUCCGGCGUCUCCCACACAAAGAGCGGUUACCAAGAUUACCCCUCUUACGAUGGCUACUCAGAAAUCUAGCUGGGUAUCCCGCUUGGAUCCUCCCAAGCCGGAUAAGUCUGACCGCUUGGAUUCGGGGACUGAAAAACCGACCAUUUUGCGACGCAGUAACACUUGCGUGGACUCAACCAAGUUGCACCACCAGUUGUGGCGCCGCAAUCGCUUGGAGGUGAAUGGUCAGCGCUUGCUGGAAGUUCUGAAGUCUCCCAUUAAAACUGCAGAGAACUCUGAUGGCGGCUCCCGACCUAUCAAGGAGGAGUCCAAAGUCAAACCUCGUAGCAAGAUUCCUCUGAUCCAAAAAAAAGUAAAGAUUAUUGAAGCACAGCCCGUUAUUAGCCCGGGCCAUGAGGCAUGCCACGAGCCCAGUGCACCGGCGCCUGUCAAGUGCCAGAGUGCUGCCGAAAGGCGCAAGAACUACGACCAAAAGGUGGCCAUAAAUAGAAAUAACAUGGCCAAGAAACGCGAGGAGUCCAUGGCCAGACAGAAAGUUGUCCCCAAACCAAAUUUGCCGAAGAGCAUCAGGACCCCGGUGUCCGCCCACGCUCGCUUAGGGUUGGUGGAUGCCGACUUCCAAGUUCAGAGGAUUCGCUUCCAAUCCAUGGUUUCCCGUCAGGCCGAUGAGCAGCAGCGUCUUCAGGCCGAAUUCGAAAAACAGCAGCAGGAACUCAUGGAUAAGAUGCUAGGGGAUCUGAGCCAUGUCACCAGCGAGGCCUCCGCCGACAAUCCGCCGGAGAUCGAAAUCGCUCUCAGUAGCUGCAGCGCCGUUACAACUGGAAGCUGCAGCAGCACAAACAGCCUCAGCAUCAGCCCCUCCUAAUUCCCGCCUGGACAGCGUACCAGGUGCCAGGAGUGUUGGAGAGGCAUCCAACAUAGUAUUACAUGUCCAUGCGACGGCUCCAUAAAUUAAUCGUUUAUCCGGGAAGCACUGCUACAAAAAACCUAUAACAGACUUGGGGAUACACGUUAUCUAUAUUCCGGCAAGAAUUUUCAAUUUUUGGCCUGUUUAAAAUUGAAAAUUCUUGUUUGGGGCAUUUUUAACUAAAAUUAUUAUCAAUUUUUUUUAACGCGUAUUAAGGGGGCAGAAGUCCUGUACGGUAUUCGAGAAAUUUGUACGUAUUUCAUGCGGAUGAUCGAGUUGUCCCCUGAUAGAUGUAAUAUUUUGAUAACUAAAAUUUAAAAAAAUUGUUUGCUAAUUAGAUCGUUGAAAUAAAAAUACAUAAGUAAUAAU